GCUGGUGUCUGCACCAUGAGGAAUGGAUGUAUAAGGUUGCCUCCAGGACUCUCAGUGCUGCUGCUGUUGACAUUAAGACCUGCAGACAAGGCCCCUGGAGCUUCUGCCUCUAUGGCCUGUGCUCCUUGGUGCCCCCCACACUCCACAUGUGUCAAUGCCACUGCCUGUGACUGCCUUCCAGGAUUCAUCUCUUCAUCUGCAGACAUCAUCACUGACCCCACGGAGACUUGUGAUGACAUCAACGAGUGCAGACCAUCCUUGCCAGUUUCCUGUGGAAAACUGGCAGAGUGCCGGAACACAGAGGGGAGCUACUACUGCAUGUGCACCCUGGGAUACAAGCUUGUUUCUGGAGCAAUGAAGUUCAGUCAUGAGAGUCAGAACACGUGUCAAGCAGAGAUCUCCUUCCCCACCUGGACCCCUGCCCCUGGAAUCAAGAGCCAAAGUCUGUCCCGCUUCUAUGAAAAAGUCCAGGAUCUGGGCAGAAACUUCACAUUGGCUUCAGCCAAGGACACCAUCCAGGACAUCAUACAGGAGGUGGAUGAGCUGCUGGAGACAGCAGGUGACUUGGAAAAUUUGUCCCGCUCCGAGCAGCACUGUGUGGCCACCAACCUGCUCACCGGCCUGGAGCAUGUCCUGAGAGAGCUGAGCAAGAGCCUGCCCAGUGGGCCAUUGACCUUCAGCACAGCCACAGGCACAGAACUGUCCCUGGAGGUGGAGGAGCAAGGACAAAGGAAUGUCAGCUUGAGUGUCAAUAAAGCAAAGAUGCUGCUGAACUGGGAUACAGUUCAGGAAUCUGGGGAUGCAGGCCCUUCUGUGGUGGGCCUUAUCUCUACUCCAGGGAUGGGCAAGUUGCUGGCAGGGGCCCCCCUUGUGCUGGAAACUGAGGGACCAGAAGUUCUGCAUGAGACACACACAGGCUUGCUGCAGGGGGUCUCCCCAGUCCUGUUCUCAGAUGUCAUCUCUGUCUUUGUGAGCAACAACAACACCCAGAACCUCAGCUCCCCAGUCACCUUUGUCUUUGAGCAUUUGGUGACACCUGUGCCAAGGCAGCAGGUGCUCUGUGUCUUCUGGGAGCAUGGCCAGAAUGGAAGUGGUCACUGGGCCACCAAAGGCUGCAGGAUGGUGGGCACUGGAGACACCAGCACCACCUGCCUGUGCACGCACCUCAGCAGCUUUGCCGUCCUCAUGGCCCAGUAUGAUGUGCAGGAGGAGGAUCCUGCCCUGGUUGUGAUCACCUACUUAGGGCUGAGCCUCUCUCUGCUGUGCCUCCUCCUGGCAGCCCUCACCUUCCUGCUGUGCAAAGCCAUCCAGAACACCAGCACCUCCCUCCACCUGCAGCUCUGCAUCUGCCUCUUCCUGGCCCACCUGCUGUUCCUCACGGCCAUCGACAGAACAGAGAUUAAGGUGCUGUGUGCCAUCAUCGCAGGUACCUUACACUACCUCUACCUGGCCUCCUUCACCUGGAUGCUGCUGGAGGGCCUGCACCUCUUCUUCACUGCACGCAACCUCACUGUGGUCAACUACUCCAACGUGAGCAGGUUCAUGAAGAAGUUCAUGUUCCCUGUGGGCUAUGGAGUCCCAGCUGUCAUUGUGGCCAUUUCUGCAGCAUCCAGGCCUCACCUUUAUGGAACAGCUGCCCGCUGCUGGCUCCACCCAGAAAAAGGAUUUAUAUGGGGCUUCCUUGGACCCGUCUGUGCCAUUAUCUCUGUCAAUCUAGCUUUCUUUCUGAUGACACUCUGGAUUUUGAAAAGCAAACUCUCUUCCCUCAACACUGAUGUAUCCACCCUGCAGAAUACAAGGAUGCUGACAUUUAAAGCAAUGGCCCAGCUCUUCAUCUUGGGCUGCACGUGGUGUCUGGGAAUUUUGCAGCUGGACCCAGCUGCCCAAGCCAUGGCCUAUCUUUUCACUAUCAUCAACAGCCUGCAGGGCGUCUUCAUCUUCCUGGUGUACUGUCUCCUCAGCCAGCAGGUCUGGGAGCAAUACAGGCAAUGGUUGAAAGGGGUCAGGAAGUCCAAAGCAGACUCUGAGAAGUACACCCUCUCCAGCAGGGCCACACCUGAAGCUUACAAGCCCAGCACGACCUUGCAGUUUCAUAGAAGAAAUGGCCACUUAUAAUAUUUGUGAUGUGUAAAGUACCUCUGCCUGGGUCCCAUCCAGUACUGGUCCUGUCUUCUCUCUCUUCAUGAGCUACCCCCAGGUAUGUUUUGCUCAGAAUAGAGACCAUUCAUUCUGUGUAAAGUUGGGGAAAGCAAAGGACAUCCCAAGCCUUUCAGAAGAUGUGGUAUGUGCGUAAAGAACCUGAUUUUAGCAGGUGUAGGAGUGAAGAGGACAGAGGAAAGAGGCUCCAUGAAGGUGUGGGCAUGAAGUUGAGUGCUGGGUUCUGGGAACAGGUAGGUGAUUUCCUACGAGUUUUAUAAAGAUGUAAAUGUUUUUUGGAUAUUUUCAUAGGGCCAUGGAAGUAAUCCACAUUUUACAGAACAAAGUCAGUAUCUUUGUAACUAGGUAAUUUCAUGUUGGAUUUAUGAAGAAAUGAAAUAUUUUUGGCUUGCAUUUCAGCAGAAAAAGCACAGUAUUUGAGCAGGUUUCCAGGGAGGGUGGUUGCCUUUC